AUGGCGCCCACGCCGAAUAAGCGGAGCAAAUCCUCCUCCUCCUCCUCCCCCAGUGGGCGAGGCGCAGCCUCCCCCAGGAAGCCGAGAACACCCGCCAAGACCUCCUCCCCCAAGACUCCGAGGAGGUCUCGAUCGACCGCUAAAUCCCCUGCAAGAUCCCCGUCCGCACAGAAGAAGUCGACGGGACGCUCCCCCGCGCGCAGGAGCAGCAGGGAGAGAUCGAGCAACGGGAGGGCGUCCAGGUCUCAGGAAACGAAAGGGAGAAUGCAGCGGGUCGAGAAGAUCUCGCUCUUAACUCAUCCUGUGAAGACCCUGUACCACUUCAACUGUGUUGUGCUAGAGUUCUUUCGGCAGCCCUUUCGAUGGCUCACAGAAGAGCAACACCGCGGAACACUGCUCGGGCUUGUUUCCGCCAUCCUCAUCACGAUAUCCCUCUUCUACAUUGAAGGCCCGCAUCAACCUGUCCUCCAGAGGGUGAGGCAUAACGUUCUGUACGUUGUGUGGUGGUUUGGACUGGGGGUGCUCUCCUCGGUCGGGUUAGGAACGGGAGCGCACACAGGCUCCCUGUACCUUUUCCCCCACAUCUGUGCGGUGGUAAGAACAGCAGAGAGCAGGAAAGCUUUGGAUUUCGAUCCGAGUUACAACAUGCUCAAGAUCACUCCGGCUCUUUCCAACGCGUUCGAGAUCCCCCCAGGUCCCCCAGCACCUGGAGCCACUCCGCCGACGAUGUACAACAUCUACAUGUCGUUGCUCUUCCCGGUGAUCGUCUGGGGGGUCGGGACGGCCCUGGGUGAGCUUCCGCCGUAUCUCAUAGCAUAUGGGCAUGCAAAAGCAGGAGAGAAGGACGAGGAGUACGAUGAGAUCAUGGACUCCAUAGCAGACUCCGACGAGGACUCGGCAAGCCUGUGGUCGAUAGCUGUAAAGACCUUCAAGUGGACUGAGAGAUGGAUGGUGGAGUUCUUGAGGCACAAUGGGUUCUGGGGAGUGCUCCUCUUCUCCUCAUACCCCAAUGCGAUGUUUGACAUGUGCGGGUUGUGCUGCGGUCACUCGAUGAUGCCCAUGUGGGAGUUCCUCCUUGCCACCACCAUCGGCAAAGGUUUCAUCAAGGCACCGAUGCAGGAGCUGCUGUUUGUUUGGAUCUUCUCCCACACAGGACGAGACGAGGUCAUGGCAAUCGCCAAGCGCGUCCUCCACAUCCUCCGUUGGUUUGUUGGCAUCCCCAUCGCAUCUUGCUUCUUCUACCUGAGCAUGCGCACCCGCAAGAUGCCCAGGAUGAUGUUGAUCCCGCUGGUCACGUUUGUCCUCGGCAUCUUGUUGGUUCUCAUCACCAUCGUCUCUGAGUUCCAAGAGCACUUCAACGUCGUGCAGAAGAUGGAGGAGGGCUUUGACAAGGUGUUGGCGUUCUGCGACAAGACCAAGCCGCAGACUGAAGUCAAGGGGUUGUCUUCUUAUUUCACUGCUAAGUCGUUCUUCAACUACUUUGUCACCGGCCUCAUUCUCUACUUCGUGAUGGACGUUAUCAACAACCUCGCGCAGGGACACGCUAAGGAGGAGGCUAAGAAGAUCAAGUCUUCAUGA